GAAUCUUUUGCCAUCUAGCGCGCAAUUCCAACGGUUCCGCUACACUUAGUGGUUUCACUAGUGGUGUUUGGUGAGGUAUUGACACUUUGAAUAAGGGUAUGUUUAAACGUGGAAACCCGACCGACCGACAAAGGUGAUAUCAACUUUUUCAUGACAUGGGGCCACACCACGGUUCAGCAACAGGAAUGUUGCUACGAAUGCGAGUGGUCAUUGUUCAACAGACCGUUGACGUGGGCGUGUCUACAGAGUUCUUUUAAUUUCGAAAUAACUCUGUAGGCAAACAGGCUGCUUCUGCCGACCGGAUUAUGCAGAUCACGAGAACCCACAGCACCAAGGAACGCAUAAUUUGAAGAAUGAAAGAUCUAACUGGUUGUGUAUGUCUUGUUACGGGAGCUACUCGUGGCAUUGGUAAAGGCAUAGCAGUAUCAUUAGGAAAGUCUGGAGCCACAGUGUAUUUAACUGGACGAACAGCAGUGCCGCUUAAUGGCGGAGUUGGCGGUAGUCUCCAGGAAACGUCAGAUAUCAUCAAUAACUUUGGUGGUAAAGCUAUUCCUGUUAUGGUUGAUCAUUCUAAUGAAAAUGAAAUAGAAAACCUAUUUCAUCAGAUUGAUCGUGAACAAAAAGGUCGCUUAGAUAUCGUAGUUAACAAUGCAUAUAGUGCUGUAACAUUUUUACAGAAAAAUAUGGAAAAACCGUAUUAUGAAAUUACAGACAUAUCUCCAGGUGAAGCUUGGGAUGUUGUUAAUGAUACUGGUCUAAAGAAUCACUAUAUUUGUUCUGUUUUGGCUACUCGAAUGAUGAUUGAAUACCAGAAAAAAACAAAUCCAAGUUUAGCCCGACCUGGUUUGAUCGUAAAUAUCACUUCUGUCGGUGGAAAAAUCUACCUUUUUAGCGUGUCUUAUGGAAGUGGUAAAGCAGCACUAGAUCGCAUAACUCAUGAUAUGGCGCUCGAAUUAAGAAGGGAAAAUGUUAACAUUUCGAUUGUCGGAAUUUCUCCUGGAUUAGUUCGUACAGAGCAUAUUCUUGACGCUGCUUCUAAAGGUUCUCUCACAAUGAAUAUAGAAAACAGUCAAUCUCCCGAGUUAGUUGGUCGCGUAGUAGUAGGUAUGGCUGCUGAAUCACCUAAGAAACUACUUUCUCGGUCAGGUCAUAUAUUCCUUGUUAGUGAUUUAGCUGAGGAAUACGGUAUACACGAAGAUUGUGGUCGAGAAAUCGUAAACGUGAGGUCUUUGAAAUAUCUUCUUUCAUAUAAAGGCUACUAUAUUGCUAAGUUUAUACCCAGUUUUAUUCGAAUACCAGAAUGGUUGUUCUAUAUAAUGUUAAAAUAUAGAUGAGAAGUUUUUAUAUAGAUUUCCGGCUUUCUUUUAGAUGGUCUGAUAAAGAAACAUUCAUUGAUACGUACUUUUUUGAACAAGUUACUUUUCGGAAUAAUCUUUGUUUGAUAAUAUUCAAGAUACUUUGUACCUGAUUCUUCUAAAUAAUAAUUUUUUGUUAUAA